UGGGCGGAGCAGCCGGGGGGAUUCUCUGUCCGACGGUGCGGCCCAGCGUUUCCCCAGCGGCGUCUCGCAGCGCGGUGGGCGGCACGGCGGUGGACAUGGGACGGCGUGGCGUGGCUCCCUGGGCCCUGGAGGUGGCGGUGCUGGUGACAUCGGCUUGUCUCGCCGGUGUAUGCGGUGAUGAAUUUAGUGUCUUACGAUCACCUCAGUCGGUUGUUUUUCGAGAUGGGAACUGGCCCGUUCCUGGCGAGCGGAUCCCGGACAUAGCUGCCUUGUCCAUGGGCUUUUCUGUUGAAGAUGAACUUUCCUGGCCUGGGCUUGCAGUGGGUGAUCUGUUUCACAGACCUCGAGCUACCGUGCUGGUAACAGUGAAAGGAGUAGACAAGCUGACGCUGCCUAUGAAGGGGGUUUCUUACCCUAUUGAGAAUGCUGUUCCUUUCAGUCUUGACAGUGUUGCAAAUGCCAUUCAUACUUUGUUCUCUGAGGAAACUCCUGUGGUCUUGCAGCUGGCCCCCAGUGAGGAAAGAGUGUACAUGGUGGGCAAGGCAAACUCUGUGUUUGAAGACCUCUCUGUCACACUACGCCAGCUGCGAAACCGCUUAUUUCAGGACAACUCCAUUCUCAGCUCCCUUCCUCUCAACUCCCUCAGCAGAAACAAUGAGGUUGACUUGCUUUUCCUGUCAGAACUACAAGUCCUACAUGAUAUUGCAAGCCUGCUGUCUCGACACAAGCACUUAGCCAAAGAUCAUUCUCCAGACCUGUAUUCCCUGGAACUGGCUGGUUUGGAAGAGGUUGCAAAACGAUAUGGGGAAGACUCUCAGCAGUUCAAGGAUGCUUCCCAGAUUCUUGUAGACUCUUUGCAAAAGUUUGCAGACGAGAUGUUCAAUCUGUACAACGGGAAUGCAGUAGUAGAAGUGGUGGCUGUCAAGGCAUUUAAUUCUCCCCUCAUGAGGAAGAGUCGCUCCAUCCUCCAGUCUUCACAGAGUGAAACAGACAAUCCAUAUAACCUUGCCUAUCCAUAUAACUACAACUACUCUGUGAUCUUCAACAUCAUUCUGUGGAUGAUGAUAGGCCUUGCUUUGGCUGUGAUAGUUAUCUCCUACAACCUCUGGAACAUGGAUCCUGGCUAUGACAGCAUUAUCUAUAGGAUGACAAAUCAGAAGAUAAGAAUGGAUUGAACUGCACUGUGUUUCAGCGCAAGGAAGCGAGGAAGAGUGAAGCCUCCUUUAAACUGUGUGGAAAACCAAUGUCCUAACAUGGUUAAUUGUGGAAUUUUUUAAAAGGUGUAUUUAUUUCUAAGUAUUUUUCCCCCCUUCCCUCUCAAGCCUAUUUUAAAUGUUAGCAGUAGCACCAGAUGGGAUUUAGAAAAUGAAAUCUGCUUGUUUAAAGAAGAAAGAGGAAAAAAAAAACCCCACCCCAACCAGCAAUCCCCAAAGUAAUUGUUAUUAAAGUAACACCAUUCCAUCUUUUUUUUAAUCAUGUGACAUGAGUUUUGAAAUGCCCUGUACUGCCUGUGGCUGUGUGCAAACCAGAUAAACCGGAGUGGUGAUAGCACCCUGGUGUUUGAGACUUUUACACUGGAAGAUUAGAAAUCCUAGCUAAGUUGUUGUGUUGUAUAUUAUGAGCCAGCUGUAAAUGUUUGAUGUAAAUAUUUAUAAUGGCUGUAUGUAACUUCAGAGAGGAUAGUAAUUAUUCUUUAGUAAAAUACUAAGUCUAGAAAUAUUUCUACGGGACUACGAUUCUGGUGGCACCAACGGCAUGUUGAGCUCGUGUUGAUGGCUCAGGUGGGAGCUGCAGACAAGAAGGAGCCUUUACCUAGAACUUUCAAUGCUUUGGGGGUAAAUAACACUGGUGUGGCUGGUCUAUACAGUGCAGAGUCUAUAAAUACUGGAGUAGCACCAGCCUGAUUGUGGUCAAAAGUCAUGUACAGUUGAAAGUUCCUAUUAUGAUGCUUCAUAUUCCUUCCAUUUGUGUGGAUGUUACUAUUAAAAGAAAAAUACAAUUCUUUUUGAGGAUAAGAGUGGACCAACACUUGAUUUAAAUAUAUCUGGAUUAUAGUCCUGCUUCAACCAUUCAAUAAAAUGAAGAACAGUCUUUCUUGAAGACAUUUAUUUUUGUGGCAUCAUAGGUGUAGCUGCUUCUGUUUAGUAUUGACUCAGACUAAUAGAGUAGGUGCUGGCAGCUUUCUAUAUAUGACAGUGGGCCUGAAUCUAUAACACUUCAGUUUAAAUUGCCUUUCAAAAGUAAAUGUUGGAAGAUAACCCUGUAUUGAUUAAUUUUCCUAAGCCAAAGAGUGGUUGUAGUUAAAGUGGUUAAGCUCUGUACAGAGUUCUUUUUAAAACCUAGUAACUUUCCAGAAACUCCUUUGCUCUUGUGGUGAAAGGAAUUCUUCCAGACUACAGCAGUGUGAGUAGAAAACACUUCUUUUUCAUCUUCUUGUCCUCUAAUGUGCUUAACUUUCCCUACUGUUACGAACUAUUUGUUCUACUUCCAGGAGAGAUCUGCUCCUUGAAUUAAUUUGUCUCAAUUUACUGGCAGUGUCGGAUUUGCAGGGGUUUAAGUUGCUCAUGUCUUGGGGUUAUGGGACACCGCUUCAUGUGGAAUUAAGUAACGUGCUGCAGCUUUGUCCAAGUUCAGGAAAUCCAGUUACAAGCAUUGAAAUUAUUUUUAAUGGCACUGAAAGUAACUCUGGGUGAUGAGGAUGGAUGGAUUGAAAAGAAGAAUUGCCCUGCCAGUUUCUCUUGACAAGAAUGUUUAAUCUGAUUAUCGAAUGUUCUGUUACACACUUGCAGUGUUCUGAUGAGAAUCAAAUCUGUUUGAUAAAGCUGCACAACUUUAUUAUGGAAACAAUUAAAAUGCAGCUCUGUGAUCCUCUUGGAUAGGCAUAAACUCUAAGGUUUUAAGUAA